AUGGCAUCCCACAACAGCCCAUCGCUAUUCAUCAUCCUCCCGCUAAUAUUGGUCUUCUCCACAAUUACCUUUCUCUUUCUCAUCUUCUCUCUCGCGCUCCUCAUAGUCCGUAUCAAGAAGCGCAAUCGCAGCACACGCAGUCCCGGCAACUUCCGCAGGCUCACUCGCAUUACCCCUGAUUCCUCGCAGCUAUUUCUCCCUUUCAACGACGAUCACCUCAAUCUCCCCCCUAUCGAUCUCUCUGAUAUGGAUUAUGACGGCGGUUUAGCCGAUUGGGCCGUCGACGAGCCAGGCGGUCAAACUGCCGCCAUUGAGCGCUACUUCAACUCGUUAGACCAAGCCCAGAUGGCUGGUGUACAGAGAGCCCGUGACUUCCAAGCCACCCACCCGCCAACCAGUCUCCCCACCGCCAUCACCCUAUCUCAAUAUCUCACCAUCCAAGAGAAGGGUGUUGCAGCGUGGUCAUUCGAGCCCGACUACGAAUCGCUCCCUCCAAUUCUCGUCCAAGCCCGCACCGAGCUCACUUUCCUGGCUGAUGGCGAGGGUCUCCCACCCAGUGAAGGCGGUGCUUGCAGCGUACAGACCAAUCUCCCUAUCCCCCGUUCCAACGACGUGUACUACUUUGAAGCGAAGCUGUUCGAGAUUUCGCCUGGCACCACUCUCGCGUUCGGUCUGUCUACCAAACCGUUCCCUUCGUUCAGGCUGCCCGGCACGUGCAAGUACUCUGUAGCUUAUGACAGCAACGGGCAGGCGAGCUACAACUAUCCCUUCACUGCCCACCCGAUCGGCACGCCACUGCUCGAAGGCGACGUGCUCGGUGUCGGUUACAAACCGCGCACUGGGACUGUCUUCUACACGCGUAACGGCAAGCGUCUCGACCCACCUCCGCUCGAUGGUGCUUUCCAUGCUUUCGGGAAUGGCAGCGGUGGUAACCAACAACGCACUCCCUCUCACGCGCAAGCCAACUCAGAAGGAAGCAACGGCAACCCAACCAACUCCUCCCCACUCGACCUUUUCCCUACCGUAGGCAGCACGGGGGCGGCAGUCGUUCAUGUCAAUUUCGGCCAAGCUGGUUUCGUUUUUAUAGAGGCUAACGUGAAGAAGUGGGGUCUGGCACCUAUGUCGGGCACUCUCGCUCCACCACCCGCAUACGGACACAACAACGGCUCGCUGCUGCUUGAGACGGCAGGCGGACGAGGCGGAGGUGAUGAAGACGACACACAAACACACGAUCCCUCCCGCCCUCUCACGUUCGAUGAGCGCAGCCGUCUCGAGAGACGUGUCAACCAAGGUCUCAGGAGGGAGGCUGGAGGUGGUUCCCGUGCAGGUGCACAGGCGGAUGAGAGCGGGAGUGAGAUGGCUGGUGACGCCGGAGUCGGUACAUCGACGGUCUCAAAUGAUCCACAGUCACACAAUCUCACACUCUCGAAUAUCAGACACGCUCCAUCGCAUCACCAUCACAAGGACAAUCAAAGCGAGUCGCUCGAUUACACAAACAACCCACCUACACCGAAUAACCUCGACAUAAGUCUGACAGAGCUCGAGAGAAGACGCUCACAAGGCGCGGGUGCGUCGACGAGCAGACGAGAAGAGAGUGAAAGUGGAAAUGAAAACGAGAAUGAAAUUGGUGAAGGUGAUGGUGAUGGUGAACGCACUCCAACGGCCAACACCGCCUCAGCAACCCAUUCCACCCCUGCCACGCCUUGUGUUUCCUCGGAAGCACCCCCUCCACACUACGCACCGAUCGACCCGCAGAAAUAUCCCGAUGGAGUAAGUCUGGCUGAUAUUCCAUCAGAUGAAUUGGUGAGGUUGAUAGGGGAGUGA